CGUGCUUGAGGACCAGCUGAUCCAAGGUCGCGGCCGAACCCACGUGCUCAGGGAGGCUGCCAUGGCGCGUCUCGCACACCUGAGUUACUGUCAGUGGAGGGGGCUGAGGGCAGCUGCAGGUCGCCUGUUCUCGCAGCCGUACGUGAUGUGGAAGCCCAAGAGAGAGUACCAGGCGGGGGUAGACCACCAGUAUGAGGAAGCAGUACAAGCCUUAAAUUCCCUCCAGACAAAUGCCUCAGUACUCCAGGUGGCUCGGGAACAGGGCUCACGCUCGGGCCUUGCCAAUAUACCCACAACUGAACGGUUCUUGAGAAAGGUUGGCGUCAGCAGGGAUGAAUUGGAUAAACUAUCAGUCAUCCAUGUUGCUGGAACCAAAGGCAAAGGAUCGACCUGUGCCUUUAUUGAGAGCAUCCUGCGGGAACACGGGUAUCGAACUGGCUUCUAUUCCUCUCCUCACUUGGUGGCUGUCCGGGAGAGAAUCAGGAUAAACGGGCAACCCAUCAACAAGGAGGACUUUGCACACUACUUCUGGGAUGUGUACAAUUCCCUAGCAAGUCAGAAGGAAGAUGAAAAGGAUAUGCCUGCAUAUUUCAAGUUCUUGACAGUCCUUGCUCUUAAAGUUUUCCUACAAGAGGAGGUGGAUGUGGCAGUGUUGGAAGUUGGAAUUGGAGGGGAAUAUGACUGUACCAAUGUUGUCAGGAAGCCUGUUGUAUGUGGCAUAACCUCACUUGAACUGGACCACACCUCAAUCCUGGGAACGACAGUUGAGUCCAUUGCCUGGCACAAGUCAGGCAUCAUGAAGCCUGGAGUGCCAACCUUCACUGUGGAAGAGCAGCCUGGCAUGGCUAUGACAGUGCUGUCAGAGAGGGCAAAGGAAAAGGAGACUAAGUUGUACAUUGUGCCACCUUUAGAGAGUUAUGGAUGGGGAUCACGGCCCUUGCAGCUGGGUCUUGCUGGUGAUGUACAGUACCGUAAUGCCUCCCUGGCACUCCAGCUCUCACAAUAUUGGAUUGACUCUCAGGUGAAAGGUUGUAGUCCCGUUAUUGACACUACGACUUCUGUAAAGGUGGAAAACUGUGGGUUCAGCAUAGCUUCGCCUUAUACACUAGCUGACGAAGAAGUGUGUGGGUUGAGGUCGGUGGUGUGGCCAGGCCGUUCACAGGUGUUGCCAUUGGGUUCGCUAAAGUUUUUCAUUGAUGGCGCUCACACUGAGUCCAGCAUGCAGGCAUGUGUGGACUGGUUUUCAAAGACUGCACCACUGCACGCUCCUGCCCAUGAUAAUGCUACUGUGUACCGUGUCCUUAUGUUUAAUUCCACUGGUGACCGCAACCAUGAGACCUUGUUGGAGUGCCUUUCUGAGUGUGAUUUUGAUUUGGCUGUGUUUACAACCAAUCUUGUCACAACAUCCAUGAGUGCAUCAUCAGAUCAGACGAACUAUACUGUAUCUCAGGAUCAGAUGCACCUCCGUUGUGAGAAGCAAAGGAGCUCAUGGAUCAGAUUAAGGAGAAAUCGUAAGGCGAUUCAAGAAAGCAUCUGUGUUGAAGAUAGGGAAGCCCCAUUGCUUCAAGAGCAGGUUUCCAAUGACUUCACUGAGAGUUUGAGCAACCUUCCAGCUAUGGAUGUGCCUAGCAUAAUAUUUCCUUGCAUCCAUGAUGCACUGAAGUGGCUGUCUUGUGGCCGUGAAGCAAUGCUGCAAGGGGACCUCCUGCAGCCUCCUGCUUUUCCACCUCCUAGAAAACUGGAGGAGGCCUCUCAGGUUCAGAUCCUGGUGACUGGGUCUCUGCAUCUAGUAGGUGGAGCCCUCAGUGUCCUUGAUCCUGGGCUGUCCUGUGCCACACACACCCGACACUCUCCCACCAAGCCUCCCUCACUGAGUGAUUUGGUCCGUAGCACCUACGCUGAAGUAUCAUCACCUGGGGCACCUUGAUGCAUUGGACAUCAUAAGGCCUUGACUUUAUUGCAUUUAUGGAAUUAGGCCAUUUUUGUUCAUUACAGUAAGUUGUUCUUGUUGUUACUGGAUAUAAACUUAGAAAGCUGGAAAGUACACACAGCCAACACAUUGCUCACACAUAGCUCAUACUUCAAUGCUUAUUAUACAAUUCAGUAUUCAACUUGCUAUUUUAACAUGAAUUUAAUUAUUUUUUCAUACUUACCAUUCUUCUGUUAAUCCCUAAUUCUGUUCCCUGCUUUUGAAUUAUAUCAUUUUCUUCUUUAUUUUUAAUUUUGUGUAAAGCAGAUUUUGAUGUUAAUCCAUUCAUGCCGGGAACAUUGACUAUUCAUUUUUUUUUUUUUUUUACAUGUGAUGGCUGUACAAAUUCUGAGUCACUAAAAUGUCAAUUACUAGGCUUACUUGAUCUGACCACUUUAACCACUUUAAUAACAUCAUAAUUAUUGUAAUAAUGUUGAUAACAAUAAUAGUAGUAAUAAAAAUAAAAUCUAUCUUGCCUGAAUAAUUAAGGAAUUAGGUAGAUAGUAAGGGUUAGCUUAGUAAUUGACUUAUUAAUGGUACUGCAUUGCAUACAAAUGAAUAAAUAAGUAUAUAGAUAAAUAAAUAAAUAAAUUCAUUAAUAGAUAAAACAAAACUUUACAUGACAAUGGAUGAAUGCAUUCACUUCUAUUGUCAACAGUUAAAAGAAUUAACAGUGUUGUGAGCUUUUGUAUUUCAAGGUACUUGUGUCAUGAUUCUGAGAGUUAUAUGGAACAAGUUGAAAUAUAAAGAUCACAAUUGAGUUUUUUAUGUUAAAUCACUGACUGCCUUUGGCUUAUGAAUGCAAAUAUGUACACAUAUAUUUACACUGUUAGCCCACUCGUCACAGAUGGCGAGAAUACUUAUGGCUGUACAAGUGCUUAUUCACCAAGGAGUCAAUUAUUAGUCCUACCUAUCUCACCUGAAAGUGUCUUUUGUAUUAUUUCAUUGUCUUUAAUAUUACCAAGAUUUUAAUAACAAUUUAAUCAUCAUAAUAAGAAUAAUAACAGUGUUGACAUCAAUAGUAUUAAAACACACAUUUUCCUGCCAACUCAAGGAACGGGGAAAUUAGGAUCAGUCACUAGGGUCUAAUGCUUGACUCCUUACUGGCUGAGCACAUGUAGAGGCAUCUGUAUAUAGCAAAAUUCUCAAGAAACUACAGGGAACAUGGCAUAAAUCCGUGGUAACUGGGUCAAAUAUGGGAAAUGUACAAUUAACCCAAUGCCGCCGGGGAAAAUGAACAAAAAAUGGGGAAAAUGCUGUGCCUAUUUUCUAUGUUUUUUCUAUGCUCUGCUAACGCCUGAUUUGAAAUGGCGGGAAAAAACGUAUUUUUCACUAGUGCUAUGAAAAUCAAUGGUGUUAUUUUUACUAUAAACAUUAUAAUUUUUAUGUUUAUUAACAUUAGUAACAGCAAAAUAAGAUAAUGUAAAAUAUUUUGUAAAUCAAAGAAAAGGGUAAACGGGUGAGACGGGCAGUACUCGUAACUGGCUCGUUGGGGAGUUAGUACAAGUGUUGCCAUCUAUGUGUAAAAACAAUCAAACAAGUACUCACGGUGGGCAUAGCACGUACGUACACGUCAUACCCGUCGGUAUUGGGUUAAGGCAAAAAGAAAAAAAACAAACUUUUUAGUGUUUCAAGAAAUGUACAAAAUGAUAUUUUAUAUUGUUUCUACUAAGUUUGACUGCUGUGAAUUCCCACAAUAGAGAAUUAGGAAAAAAAAAUUUUUUAAUACAAGGGAUAAUUAUCUGUGCUAUAUUGUUUUAGUGUCCUUAUUCACUUUGAUAGCAGUUAAGAUAUCAAGACAUGUUUAGAGAACAAAAAGAGGUUCUAGAUGGCUUUUUCAAAUGAUGGUCCACAGGUGCAGUCAUGCUACUUUUAAAGAAAAUUUAAAGUUGGAUGUGCUCUUUCAUGAUAACUUCAGUUUUCUUUUCUUUUCUUUUCCUUUUUUUUGAUAAGUUACCAGUAACAUCUUAUAGCUUGACAAGUAAAGUAUGUGUAAAUUUUGCUGUUCAUUGGCUGCAUAAUUCCAAAUUGACUAAUUGUAGCAAGCAGGCUUCAAUCUCAUGUCUGCAAUUGCUGUGAAAAUCUGAAAACAUGGAAAAAUAGUUGAAAAAGUUGAGUUCAUUGGAAGCAUAAAAGAUUAUGUCAAAAUAGUUGGUACAUUUGGACUUAUGAACAAAGGAUAUUGUAUGUUAAUAAUACUAUAUUUAAUUUUUUUAUGGGUUUUUGUCAACUGUUAUUGUAAGUGCAUUUUUCAAAUAAGCUAGAUAACCAGAGUAAUUUACCAGUUGGGACUUGUACUUUAGGGAAGAGUUUUAAUGCUUGUUUGGAUAUGAUUCAGGUGUGGUUUUAAUGCAGUUAUGAGAACUUUCUAUGAGUGAAUUUCUUUUCCCUUUUCUUUUUGUACAAGUUCUCUGAAGAAUAAUUAUAUCAAGAUAUU